AUGACAUCUACAAAAUUAGAUCAAUUAUACGAGGAACUCGAUCAAGUGAAUGCUGGCACUCAUCCAGAUUAUUUAGAAAGCUUGAAGGAGAUUGAGCAAGUCUACGAGGAGCAAAGAGAACGAAUUUUGAUUGAACCACCAACGUAUUUCAACGCUACACCCAAAUCAGCAACACCAAAUAUAACACUGGAUACUAAAUAUCUACUAUCAGAUUCUGAAAUUGCUGAAGAUGUUCGUGCAUUCUCUGGCGAUAAAAGCAGUCCACACAAGAUCAAGCGGCUCUUUGAAGUUAUACUGAUAAAGCAGAAACUCACUUACGACGGGAAAACUUACAAGCAAGGAGAAGAAGUUCAUGUAGAAAACUUGGAGUAUGGGAAGUUUCCUGCUAAAAUGGACUGUAUUACGGACACUGUUGUGUCAUUCAAAUCAACGCUACCUUGGGACACCAGACAAAUACACGCAUCUUACUCUGACCUAUCGGAAGGACGAGUGCAGAUUUCUAAGAAGCGCAACAACUAG